ACACAACCUCUUAAACGGGGUUUGGUCAAAAAUAAGUGAGACACUGACGGCAAAAUUCUCAUUUCCAGAACUCAGAUUCCAGCCAUGUUUGCUCCGAAAUUGGCCGGGCGGGUGCCCCGUGGACGGGUGGGCGGCCUUCGCUGCCUGGCCACCCACGCCCACUACGACAUAGUGAUCGCGGGCGGGGGCUUAGUGGGGUGUGCCAUGGCCGCCGCCUGUCAAAGCUCGCCCGUGCUCCAAUCCAAAAGCGUGCUGGUCCUGGAAAAUGGUCCGGAUCGGCCUUACCAUUUACCCGAGGACUACGGCAAUCGGGUCAUCGCCCUCAAUAACUCGACCCGGGAUCUAUUCCAACACAUCCAUGUGUGGGCCCCGUUAACGGCCAGCCGCAUGAAAACCGUCCACGGCAUGCACGUCUGGGAGGCCACCCCCGAGAGUUUACUCACAUUUCAGUCCGAUCAACCGGAUCGAGGCCAUUUCUACAUUCUGGAAAACGAUUUAGUCGUCCAUACCCUGAGUCAAAAAAUCCGACAAAGUCCCGGUCAUGUGCGGGUGGUCUUUGACAGCGGCUUAAAAAGCGGCCAAUACAACCAAGCCCGGGGCCAAAUGGACCUGGCCUUGAGCGAUGGUCGGUCGGUGAGCACUUCGCUUUUAAUUGGCGCUGAUGGGGUCAAUUCCACCGUCCGGAAAAGCAUGACCCGUCAGCAAUAUCUGAGCCGGAAUUACCAUCAAUUCGGCGUGGUUGGGCUUUUAAGUUUGGCUGAGCCCAUACCCAAUAACAUGGCUUGGCAAAAGUUUUUACCCGGGGGCCCGGUAGCUCUGUUGCCGCUCUCCGAGACCAGAUCGUCACUCGUGUGGACUUUGCCCAGUCAUCAAGCUCAAAACAUGUUGAAAAGUCCACCCGCCGUGGUGUUGGCCGCAUUGCAAGAGGCCUUACGUCCCUACCCGGUGGUGUCCGACCCGUUUCCCCGAUUCAGUCAGCUUUCGCAAUUGGCGGGUUUUCCCUUGGGAUUGGGUCAUGCUAGUCGAUAUUGUGCUCCCGGUCAGGUCUUGAUUGGGGAUGCGGCUCACCGAGUUCAUCCCUUGGCCGGACAAGGGGUGAAUUUGGGCUUCGGGGAUGUGCGGGCUCUGGUACGAGCCUUGGAGACUAGCGUCCUGAAUGGGGAACGCUUUGCCACUUACCGUAGUCUAUUGGCCUACGAAACGGAUCGACAACGAUACAAUGUCCCCAUGAUGUUGGGCAUCGAUUUCUUGCAAAAAAUAUACGGUAGUCAAAAUCCGGUGGUGGCAGCCGCGCGAAAUUUCGGUCUGGGCGUGGUCCAAGCCCAUCCGUCAGUGCAGAAAUUGCUAGCGUCUUUCGCCAACUAAUGACAUUUAUUGAAUCCAGACGCCGAUUAAUAUAUUGAUGACCUCCCCCUCUC